AUGUCUCCGAACGGCAAGAUCUCUGUUCCCGAGGGAGUGGUCAAUUGGCUGUUUAAGGUCAUCCAGCCCAUCUAUGAAGACGGAAGAAGAACCUUCCACGAUUCAUUGGCGCUACUAGAUCGAUUUCAUUGUUUGCGACCAAGAACAAGAGUGUUUACACACCCUGACGGCACUCCGCAACUACUGUUGUCCCUCUAUGGUACCAUAGGCAGUGGCGGGAACGCUUCGUCUCCAAACUGCGUGCCCGUGAUCAUGUGGGUGCCCAAUUUGUACCCGGUAAAACCUCCCUUUAUUAGUAUAGACUUGGAAAACUUCGACAUGAACACCAUCAGUAGUUCCUUGCCCAUUCAAGCGUACAUCGACUCUAAUGGCUGGGUCGCACUGCCCAUACUUGGCCGCUGGGAUCCUGCCACGAUGAACCUCACAAUGAUCGUACAAGAGUUUACUAGUCUUUUGAGUGAACCGUCGCAAGAUCGGGUGCCCAGUCUACCGCCAAAACCCAACGUACAGCCCUCACUGGAACGCACGACCCCCCCACUGCCACCAAAGCCCAACAGUCCGCACGUACAACCGCCAUUGCCUCCGCCUCCACCACCGCAGCCGCCAUCCAACACGGUCGACCUUAUGGACAUUGACAACACGGACAGCUCUUCCACCAACCAUCACGAAAUGCUACACAACUUACAAUUAGUGGUCAACGAGCUGUACAGGGAGGACGUUGACUAUGUGGCGGACAAGAUACUGACGAGGCAGACCAUCAUGCAAGACUCGAUUGCCAGAUUCCACGAAAUGAUUGCCAUUGACAGGAACCAUCUACAGGCCGUCGAGCAGGCCAUCGCGCAGACCAUGCGCUCGCUAAAUGCACAGAUAGACGUCCUGACCGCGGAAAGGGCCAACGUCCAACAGUUCAGCUCAGCGUCGCCACUCGAUGGCGAGGACAUGAGCUCCAUAGCCGUCGCACAAACGGAGGGACUCAAUCAGUUGUACAAACUCGUCGCCAAGGACUACGCCCUCACGGACACCAUCGAGUGCCUGUCCAGGAUGCUGCACCGUGGCACAGUUCCCCUCGACACUUUUGUCAAGCAGGGACGUGAACUGGCACGCCAGCAGUUCCUUGUGCGAUGGCACAUCCAACGAAUCACUUCACCGUUAGCGUGA